UCUGCUUUCACUUUGUCCAGCUAGGAAGACUGUGUGAGCUGAGCUCAUGGAGGAAAGCAGUUGUUUGUGUUACCUGCCCUUCUUUUCUUUGCUGUCUCCACUCCUCUUCAUCGUAGAUGUGGUGCUGGACCUGUGGGCUGUAGUGUCCCUCUAUGAAGAGCAGAAAUACUCCUCCGUGGGAUUGUUGGUAUUUCUUCUGCUCACCUCCUCGGUUCUCCUGCAGAUCUUCAGCUGGAUGUGGUACUCUGAUUCCAAUAACAUCCCUGAGACCAAAGUAGAGAGAUUCAUCAUCAACCAUGGUUUACUCACUCUGGUGCACAUCUUGCAGCUUGGAGUCUUCCUCAGAAUUUUAGCUGUGGUGGAGAUCUCAAUCCGCAGCUUUAAACAGAACACCCCUCCUCAGGAAGUCGCCGUGAACUCGACUCCUGACCUCAUCGUGCUGCUUUUGUUCAAGGCGUUCUCUGAAAGUGCUCCACAGCUCAUCCUGAUGAUGGUUCUCAUCAUGCAGAUGCAGGAGCUGUAUCUCUUCACAGUCAUUAAAAUUGCCGGCUCUCUUAGCUGCAUGGCCUUCUCCGUGUUGUCCUACCAUCGCAGCAUGCGUGCGUUCGUCCCUGAGAAGCUUAAGAUGGGAUGGUCUUCCUCUAUAAUCUACUUCCUGUGGAACCUUUUCCUGAUUGGCACGCGUGUGGUGUGUAUGUCCCUCUUUGCCUCCGUCCUGCCCUGCUACAUCGCCGCUCACUUCCUGUCCCUGUGGACGCUGCUGGUCCUCUGGGCCUGGUGGCAGAAGACAGACUUCAUGGACACUAAAGCUGGAGAAUGGCUGUACCGGGCCACCGUAGGCCUCCUCUGGUACUUCAGCUGGUUUAGUGUAGCGAGUGGAAAUAAGAAACUCAAAGGAAUCAUCUAUCACAUGGUUAUGGGGGCGGAUACAAUGCUGCUGUUAGGAUUAUGGUGGUGGAAGAGAUCUGUAGAAUCAGCUCGUCUUAGUCCACUACCUAUUAAUCCCUACCUACUGAUUGUUAUGUUAAUGAUAAUCUACAUUAUAGGACUUGCACUGAAACUGGUUUAUUACUGGAAAUUUCACCCAGAUCAGAAAUAUAUGCAGUUAGACAAGAAAAAUGGCAAGCUCUUAAUGUGCUUGCAUAACGAAUCACGUGUUGAAAUUAGUGUUGAACGUACUGUGUUGCCAAAUUAUGAAGGUGAGACAGAAGCCAGGGAGACACUUGACCCUGAACGUGAAGGUGAGACAGAAGCCAGUGAGACACUUGACCCUGGACGUGAAGGUGAGACAGAAGCCAGGGAGACACUUGACCCUGAACAUGAAGGUGAGACAGAAGCCAGGGAGACACUUGACCCUGGACGUGCAGGACGGUUCGAUUAUGAAGGUGAGACAGAAGCCAGUGAGACACUUGACCCUGGACGUGCGGGACGGUUCGAUUCUGAAGGUGAGACAGAAGCCAGUGAGACACUUAAACCCAACACUGAACCCGAAGACAAACUCUCGGUUCUAGCUCCGCCCCAAAGAAUUGAAACUGGUGUCCAAAAGAGAAUGAGAAGAAUGGCUAUUAAUUUCUAUUGCUAGUCCACUACUAGUCUAGAACUAGACUUACACCAGAUGUUUUUUUUUUUUUUUGGUUUUUCCUUUCUUUGCUUUUCCACGAUAUGGUCAAAUGCCAGUUCGAACCCAUCAUCAUUUAAUUGAGCAAUUCCCAUCAAGAACUCAUUUUUAAAAAUAAACACAUAUUACACAAGCUAACCUACAGUAUAUGGCAUAGUAAUACCUGGAAGUGCUUGCAUGUCUCACCCCAAACAUUCUGAGCAAUAAAUGAACUAUUUUAGUGUGUUGUUUUCCAUUAUCCAUUACAAGAAAAUAAUACAAUAAUUAAAAUACAGCACUCAUCCAAAGAUUAAUCUUCUUUUGUACUCCUAUAGUUUGUGUACAUAAUAAAAAGUAAUCGUAAUAAAACACAAACUCGUGGCAAACCAGUCAGAAUAGCAUCAGAAAAUAAUCCCUUCACAAGUGCCAUCACUUUUAUCAGUCAUAUUUUUUUUUAUUGUAUCCUAACCUCUCUACAAGCUGGCUACUUUUCUUGAAUGCCAACAUGAAAAAUGUUCUAUUUGUUUAGAAACAUCUUCAUAAAUCAAUAAUUAUUUUGGGGGAAAAUCUCUUUUUGGGAAGCAAGGCUCAGUUUGACUGAAUUUGUGAACAUGCUUACCCACAGGGGAAUUUUACAGUGUGAACUCCCUGAAAAAAAAAAAACAGCUAACACUCCUGUUUUAACACUUUCUGUGAAGUCUGUAUUUACAAAUCUGUGGAAGCCCAGAAAAAAAGACUGCAUAAUGAAAUAUUGUCAAAAUUCUGAAUUAUUAUCUCAUAAACAUGCAUGAUGUGGUUUCCAGUCUGUGUAUUUUUCUUACAACUGUUAGUGGUGCCAUUCCACUUGGUUUCACAAAUAUCCAAAAAUAAUCAGACAUUUGUUUGAUUUGUUUGAACAGCAAAUAGUCUGAUGUGGAUGCCGAAAAAAGAAACCUUAUAUUGAUGUUUGAAAGAGAGCAGGUCUGUCCCUCUGUAUGAGAUUUAGUAUGUAUAACAUGUACAGCAAAGCAAGACAAAAAUCUGCCCUCCAUUAGUCAUUUUAAUUGUGGACCAGAAUGAAGAAACAAUACUGUUUUUUCCCUUAAAUCAAGAGAAUCUACUCUUAAAAUUUGGUGUCAUUUGAUUAACAGCAUCUUGAAAUAUGUAUUAGGUUCAAGAACACUUUCCGUGUGCACAAAGGCUCGGACUUGCUUCUGCUGCUAACCACUGAGAUAUACUGCUACUUACACACUGUAUAUAUGGCCACUUCUGUACAUUACUAUAAGAUAUUCUGUAUAUGGUCUAUACUUUUAAUGCUGAGUGAAAAAUAUGAAUAAAAACUGGCCAA